AUGCGUCCUCGACGAACAAUCGUCGUAAUUCCAGAGAGCAGCGAGGAUGAAAAUAUAUCAGAUGAUGAGACUUACAGUACUCAAGAUCCUUUACAUAUAAAUGAAGAAAAAGAAAGGUCUUCCUCGGACGGGGAAGAUGAAGGAGAAGAGGAACUGGACCAGUUAUUUCCUGAGUGCACUGAAGAGCAUAUGGAGACGUUAGAAAAUUUUACAGACAAUCAACCUUCUACUUCACAGGCAGCUUCUUCAACGGAGUCAGUGGAUUUAGUUACGACUUUGAAUUAUUCGGAGGAAAAUACCCAGAACCCCAAUCUUGGAGUGCCAGGAAAUGUGGUUCAAAGACUAUUGGAGACUGUCUCAGACAAUUUGAACCACAAGAUUUUUGUCGAUAACUGGUACACAAGUUUGCAGCUAAUGGCAAACUUGCACAAAAGAGGUAUUCUGCCAUUACGCACAGUACAACUGAGAAGAGCUCCAAAUAUAAUUAUAAUUAAAAAUGCUUUAGAAAAGAAAGAACGAGGUUAUUGCUCCGAAAAAAGUGUUGCUGUUGAUAACGUUAAGCUAUCAGUUACCAGUUGGGUCGACAAUAAAGCAGUCAGUUUGUGUUCAUCCUACGUAGGCAAGGAACCAAAGGGAGUUGUGAAAAGAUAUUCCAAAAAACAUAAGCGUAGAGUUGAUGUUCCUUGCCCAAAAGCAGUAUCAAUUUAUAACAAAUACAUGGGCGGUGUCGAUUUACUAGAUGCCAUGUUAGGCUUCUAUAGGAUCAAAAUCCGCAGUAAAAAAUGGUACCACCGCCUGUUCUUCCAUUUCAUUGAUCUCUGUUGCGUGAAUAGUUGGCUAUUAUGGCGGAGAGUCAUUAGACAAAAGGGUGAAGAUAUUUACAUUCCAUUGCUUGACUUUAAAUUAACCAUAGCAGAUGUAUUGAUGCACAAAGACCCAAAGGUAUAUACUCCAACUACACGCAAACGAGGACGACCACUGAAUCAAGAUGUUGAGGCAAUUAAAAAGGGGUAA